AUGUCGCACAAUCCAAAUCCUAAGGUUGAUCCAUCAGGUUUUUACUAUUCAACUGCAGCUGGUAAACCAACAAAUAUCGGUCAAACUCAUGUGGGUUAUGUUCCUCCAGGUGAUAGUUCAAUUGUAGAAUCAUCAUCAUCAGUACCUAUGACAACUACAAAUUCGAUGUUACAUAGUUAUCAGGGUCCUAUGGUUGAUAGAAAUUUAGGGAAAUUAGGUGAUGAACAUGGCGGAGCAGGAACAAGAACAGAUGAUCGAAAAGGUGAAAUAGUUAAGAAUGAAGGCGAUACACCAUCACCAACUGCUGAACAUUAUCAACAACUAUCAUGA